GGGCCAAACUGAGAUGUAAAUGAAUCACACCCCUCUAGAGAAGCCCUGGGUUGUGUUGCUUUGCCUCAGUGAUGUUUUCUUUUCUCAGUUCGUAUUAGCAGCGGUUGAAACUGUCGAGCUAACAGGCGUCAUUCAAAAGUAAUGCAGUUUUACUCCCAACUAGUGUUAGCAUAUUUAGCAUAGUUUCAGUCCCUUGAGUCAGCACGAGCGAGGCAGACUGGAGAGGCUGCAUUUCAAUGGAGACCCUGUCACGAACAGCUGGCGAUGAUGCUACGCAGGAUCUCCGUCUGCCGCCAGCCCAAGGUGGAGUCGUCUCUGACACCCUGUCCCUGUCGUCUUAUCAAGAUUAUCCUGCUCACCGUCCCUUCAUCAACACACUGCUAGACCUCACACCCAGACAGGCACGCACACAUCAGUCGUGUCGCCCAUCGUCACCCAGCAAAGCAUUCCCAGAGACCAACAGUGCAGCGAUCUUAUCUGCCUUGAGGAACCUUCAGGAGAAGAUCAGGAGGUUAGAUUUGGAUAAAGGACGCGCAGAACGUGGUGUGCAAACUGUAGUACAAGAUGCAUCACACGUUCGUCCUCAGAGCGAGAACAUCACACAGAGGCUCUCCAGUAAUCAGACAGAGACGCAGAGAGACACAACUGACUCGUCCAACUGUAACCAAGUGUUGAUCACCCACCUGGCUGCUGCAGAGUCUCGCUGUGUGAAACUGGAGCGGCAUCUGGAUCACAUGAGGAGGAUGUUGCGCAACGCCAAGGCAGACAGGACCAAUCUGGUCAAACAGCAGCUUUCCAUGGAUAGAGCCAAGUUAGCUGAUCGCCAGCCCGGCAAAGUGUUUGAGGGAGCUCAUGUGGAGAAGCUGGAGCGGCUGGAGCAGGAUUAUCUCAGGCUCACGCGCACGCAAAACAAUGCUGAGAUGAAGAUAAAUGAACUAGAGAUGAAACAACAGGAGGAGGAGCACCAGAGAAAGCUCAUUCAGGACAAGGCCUUCCAGCUACAGACGGGUUUGGAGGCCAAUAGGAUCCUGCUGCAGUCAGUGUCCCCUCGCCUGUCCACCAGACAGUCCAAAGACAAGAAGUCUGAUUCACAGAAACCUCUGCCACAGCAGUUGUCGAACACACAGCCACACUAUAGACUGAGCCUCAGAGAUGUUCCGUUUGUUGCUGGAAUGGCCGUGGGAGGCAGCCACUCAGUCAGAGCAAACGUCCAGUCAGUUUUGUCUCUCCUAAAGCGACACCUCUGCAACAGCCGUGUACUCUGUAACAACUCAAACAGCUACGGGACUGCAAGCCACAGAUAUUCAUACAGUUCCUCUUCCUCAUCCUCUGCGAGCGGGGAGGAGCUGUCCGAGCUGCUGCAAGCAUUACAGGAGGAGCUGCGACUCAUGAGCUUGGAGCAUGACGAGUUAAUGACACAGGUAGAAAACAGUGUGUCUGACCAGGAAAGACGAGAACUUCAGUGGGAGCAGGAGAGGCUGCUGCUGAAAAUGGAGAAGAAGGGAGAGCAGAUCGGGAAACUCUACAAACACAAAGCACAGAUAAAGAAGUUUAGAAAGGAAGCCAAGUCUAACAAUAAGAAUGAGGGGAAAGUUACUACCACAGUGUCCACGAGAGGUCGCUCUGGCGGAGCAGUCAAACCUAGACCAGGAGAGAGAAGCAAGAAGAAUCUGAGGCUGCUGAGGGACAUGAAAGCUCUGCAGACGUCUUUACGGACCUGAGAACCACCAGGACAGAAACAUAGUGAAGAAGUUUAAUCUUUUCGGUGCUGCUUAUCUUCCUGUGAUCAGUAUUUCACCAUCAACGCAAGCACAGAUUCAACAUUGACUCAUGAUCCCUUGAGAAAAUAUAACGUUUUAAUAUAACCUGAAAAUGGUUACAUUUGUAAAAAAGACUUUCUAUGUUUAACCUAAACAUAAGUCAAUAUUUAUGUCUGAUUGGUCCUUUUAUUAGGGCUUUAAAUUAUAUAAAGUUAAUUAUUAACAAAAGCCAGUAAAUAAACUGCAUUUUGUGGAGGGGGUGCAAGAAAGUUCAUAGCCAGUUCACAGUUAAGCUCUCAGUAUAACUGACUACUCAUUCAGUGCUGGAAACAAAAUUGUAGUUUCCAAGUUUAGUCUUUCAUGUAGCUUCUGGGCAUAGAAACACAUUUUCCCUGAACUAAUGACUCUCAGAAGUUAUUAAAAAUUAAUAAAAUGUUGUGGUGCUAACACAUUCUAA